UGUCAUCUGAGGAAUUAUUGAUGAAGGAGCAGAUCAGAGAAGAGAUAAUCGCGGCUAAAAUCGCUCGGCGCAGGGUGCUCGAAGCGGAAGUGAGGAGAGAGCUGAUGGUUGAGCGAGAGAUGGCCAUGCGGAGGCACACGACCACGGGCUUGUCAUUGGAGGAGCUAUUGACAAUGCGGUUCGACUCGAGGCUGCCACCGACGUACCCAUCUGACGGGAGGGCAUUUCCUAUUCAUGGUAGCAGGUUUGAUAUGUUUCCAACGUCACUAUCAACAGAAGCUAUGAAGCUCGAUAUCAAGCCUCCAUCAGAGAUUAACAAGGCCAAGCCCGAACCAAAUCUUUCUGGAGCAGAGGAGAAAGCAGUGAAACCAUCAGUAGGAGGCCCUAGUGAGCUCCCAAUAAUUGGUUUGAAGAAGGGCCCCAAGAAGGUGUGGAGUUGUGCCCUGUGUCAUAUUAGUACCACAAAUGAGAGAUGUCUGAGGGAACACUUUCAAGGAAAGAAGCACAAGGCUAAAGAAAGAAGGUGGGCUUAGAACGGGCAAGAUUGCCAGCUCAAAAUCACUGCCAAAGGAAUGUACCAAGCCUUGAUAUUAUUCUAUAGGUUAUUUGGUAAAAACUAUGUGAUC